UGCGAUAAGGAUUUGCCGCGUGGUGUUGGUAUGUCGGUGGAUGGACGGUGCGCUGUCAUCCAGUGAAGAGGAUGUGAAUCGCUUUAGUAUCAAAGUGAACGCGCCAUCAAACAAUCGCGGACAUGGCUUUGAGGUGGCAGGCGAGGCUGUCCAUUGCUGCCAUCCUCUUCAUGUGUACGGAAGAUACGCUGAGUUUGGGGGAGCGUACGGCGGACAACAUGGAACGACACGCGAGUCAGACUAGACCGCGAAAUCAGUUGGUGGAUCCUUCCGGCCUGAAGCCGAAGGUGGAGCCCACGUUCGACUACUCGCAAAACACCAACGUGACAGCACUAGUAGGGAAGACCGCUUAUCUCACGUGUAGAGUUCGCAACCUGGGUGACAAAACCGUAUCCUGGGUGAGGCACAGGGAUAUUCACAUUUUAACGGCAGGGGCGUAUACCUACACGAGCGACCAGCGAUUCCAAGCGCUUCACAUACAAAAUACAGGCCCAAAUAGCGAGUGGUCUGAAUGGACUCUUUGCAUAAAGUGGGCGCAAGGGAGAGACCAGGGACUCUACGAGUGUCAGAUCUCCACUAUUCCCGUCAAGUCGCACCAAUUUCGCUUGAACGUCGUCGUUCCGACAGCGACGAUACUCGGAGGUCCGGACCUGUACGUUGGCGCGGGUAGCACGAUAAACCUGACGUGCGCCAUACACUUCAGCUCGGAGCCACCAGCCUACAUCUUUUGGUACUACAAUGAGAAGGUUUUGAGCUACGACAGUCCCAGGGGCGGCGUCUCGGUGAUAACCGAGAAGGGUGGCGACGUCACCACCUCUUGGCUCCUUAUCCAGACGGCGCAACCCUCGGACUCUGGGGAGUACAGCUGCAAACCCAGCAAUGCCAAUACGGCGUCCAUCAAAGUUCAUGUCCUAAAUGGCGAACGACCAGAGGCGAUGCAGACCGGAACGGCGGGACCUAUUUUAUCCUCGAGCUGUCUUUUGGUGUCUCUGAUCAUUUUGUACAUAUCGUCGGUGUAAACGAACAUCGAAUGAAACGAACAGCCGUCGCCACGACGUCUCUCGAACAGAGUUGCACAGUCUGUCGAGGCUCGCGUGCGCGCGAAAACCGCUCCGCCAUUUGCACCGAUCGACUCGCGCGAGUUUCGCGCGCGUAUCGAGCGAUGUCGUGCUCGAGCUAUCGAACGUCGCGAACGAAACGCGAACGAAACGCGACCAAUCGACGACUCGUUGGCUUUCAUCUCCGAAUUCCACCUUCGAUCGUACGUUUGUACCUGUCAGCGUGUUCCAUUCGCGUUAACUUCGAUCGUCGCUGACCCAACCGAAGACGGAGAGACUCGCCGCGGUCUCGUUCCAGACGCGAAACGAGAUUUCGCUGGACGAGCACAUCGGAUCUUCCCGAACGAUUCGCCGCAGUGAUCGCGAACGCGCGCGCGUCGUCUUUUCCUCGGUCGGUCACCGAUCGAUCGCGAGCGAUCUGUACGCGAUCCCGACGAGGGAACGAUCGAACAAGAGACGCGAAAGGAGACGCGAAAGAAGACGCGAAAGGACACGCGUGGCGCGUUCUCCGGAGAAUCGAGAUCGACGCGUACGCGUGUUCCGAAAAGAGAGCCGGAAGGCGCGGUAUGUCGAUGGAACGGCGUUUAAUUAAGGGAAAGUCGACGCUAAUACCGAAGACGA